GGCGGGGCCAAGAGCUCGGCCACGGUCAGCCGCAACCUCAACCGCUUCUCCACCUUCGUCAAGUCCGGCGGGGAGGCCUUCGUGCUGGGCGAGGCAUCGGGCUUUGUGAAGGACGGGGACAAGCUGUGCGUGGUGCUGGGCCCCCGCGGCCCCGAGUGGCAGGAGAACCCCUACCCCUUCCAAUGCUCCAUCGAGGACCCCACCAAGCAGACCAAGUUCAAGGGCAUGAAGAGCUACAUCGCCUACAAGCUGGUGCCGAGCCACACCGGGCAGCAGGUGCACCGCCGCUACAAGCACUUCGACUGGCUCUAUGGGCGGCUGGCCGAGAAGUUUCCCGUCAUCUCCGUGCCCCACUUGCCGGAGAAGCAGGCCACCGGCCGCUUUGAGGAGGACUUCAUCUCCAAACGUCGCAAAGGCCUGACCUGGUGGAUGGACCAUAUGUGCAGCCACCCCGUGCUGGCUCAGUGCGAUGCCUUCCAGCACUUCCUCACCUGUCCCAGCACGGAUGAGAAGGCCUGGAAACAAGGCAAGCGCAAGGCUGAGAAGGAUGAGAUGGUGGGUGCCAACUUUUUCCUGACCAUCAGCGUCCCCACGGGCCCUGGGGCCAUCCUGGACUUGCAGGAGGUGGAAAGCCAGGUGGAUGGCUUCAAAGCCUUCACAAAGAAGAUGGACGAGAGCGCCUUGCAGCUUAACCACACGGCCAAUGAGUUUGCCCGCAAACAAGUCACUGGUUUCAAGAAGGAGUACCAGAAGGUGGGGCACUCCUUUAAGUGCCUCAGCCAGGCGUUUGAGCUGGACCAGCAGGCCUUUUCAGCUGGCCUCAACCAAGCCAUAGCCUUCACUGCAGAAGCCUACGACGCCAUUGGGGACCUCUUUGCAGAUCAGCCCCGGCAGGACCUAGAUCCUGUGAUGGAUUUGUUAGCGCUGUAUCAGGGGCAUUUGGCCAACUUCCCAGACAUCAUCCAUGUGCAGAAAGGAGCCCUUACCAAAGUAAAGGAGAGUAAGCGGCAUGUGGAAGAGGGGAAGAUGGAGCUCCAAAAAGCUGAGGGCAUUCAAGAACGCUGUAACAUUAUUUCUUUUGCAACCCUAGCAGAAAUUAAUCAUUUCCACAAAAUCCGUGUGAGGGACUUUAAAUCACAGAUGCAGCAUUUCUUGCAACAGCAAAUACUCUUUUUUCAAAAAGUGACACAAAAGCUAGAAGAAGCUCUUCACAAGUAUGACAGUGUUUAGUCUCUGAACUAUGAUCUGUGGACUUCCCCGAGCAUGAACAUGACCCAGGCGGCAGAGCGAAUGCUGCUGCUGCUGAAGAGCUGUUGCCAGUGGUAGACGGUGGUACAAGGAUGGUUUUGAGUUCACCUGGAACCCCAGUUUAACCUCCGAUUAUGUAGAAAGGAAACAGUUAUAGGGCUAUGUAGUAGAAACAGUACCACGCAUUGUAACUAAGUUAUACUGUGUAUGCCUACACUACCAUUGUAACUUUUUUUGAAAUAAUAAGUAUACUAUUUGCCUUAUUGCUUUUUGAAAUACGGUAUUUUAGUGCAUACUUUGUAGACCUCAACACCCUUUGGGUCUUUAAGGAAGUUGGCUAGAUAAAAGCCUGCUUCAGAUGCCUUUUUACUUUCCUAGAUCUGGAUUUCCUAAAUUCAAACAAUUCUCUGUUUACAGACUCCUACUAGAGCAGCUAUGUGAUUCUGUGCCUUUAGACUCUAUUUUUCCUUUUCUAGUAAGUCACAUUUUUAUGAUUGAA